AUGGCCGCGGAGAGCGCGGCGCAGCGCGCGCUGCAGUACGAGCAGACCCUGAUGUACGGGCGCUACACACAGGACCUGGGCACCUUCGCCAAGGACGAGGCGGCGCGGCUGCGGCUGCAGCAGGAGCGCUGGGACGGCGGCGGGCGGCCGCGGCGCCCCUCCGAGCUGCUCGAGUACAGCCAGGGCCGCUGCGCGCCCUGCCGCGUGUGCGCCGUGCAGUGCCAGCAGUUCCUCAUCUCCAAGGUGGGAGAGGACUGGAUCUUCCUCAUCCUCCUGGGGCUGGUCAUGGCUCUGGUGAGCUGGGCCAUGGACUUCGCCAUCGCCACCUGCCUCCAAGCCCAGAAGUGGAUGUACGGGGGUCUGGACACCAACGUGCUGCUGCAGUACCUGGCCUGGGUCACCUACCCCACCGUGCUCAUCACCUUCUCGGCCGGCUUCACACAGAUCCUGGCGCCCCAGGCUGUGGGCUCGGGCAUCCCCGAGAUGAAGACCAUUCUGCGGGGCGUCGUGCUGAAGGAGUACCUCACCCUCAAGACCUUCGUGGCCAAGGUGAUCGGGCUGACGUGCGCCCUGGGCAGCGGCAUGCCCCUGGGCAAGGAGGGCCCCUUCGUGCACAUCGCCAGCAUGUGCGCCGCGCUCAUCAGCCGCUUCCUCUCCCUCUUUGGCGGCAUCUACGAGAACGAGGCCAGGAACAUCGAGAUGCUGGCGGCCGCCUGCGCCGUYGGGGUCGGCUGCUGCUUCGCUGCCCCCAUCGGAGGUGUCCUGUUCAGCAUCGAGGUCACCUCYACCUUCUUCGCCGUCCGCAACUACUGGCGCGGCUUCUUCGCAGCCACCUUCAGCGCCUUCAUCUUCCGCGUCCUGGCCGUCUGGAACAAGGACGAAGAGACAAUCACGGCGCUGUUCAAGACCCGCUUCCGCCUCGACUACCCCUUCGACCUGCAGGAGCUGCCCGCCUUCGCCGUCAUCGGGAUCGCCAGUGGCUUCGGGGGCGCGCUCUUCGUCUACCUCAACCGCAAGAUCGUGCAGUUCAUGCGCCGCCAGAAGACCAUCAACCGCUUCCUCAUGAAGAAGCGCCUGCUCUUUCCYGCCCUGGUGACGCUGGUCAUCUCCACGCUGACCUUCCCGCCCGGCUUUGGACAGUUCAUGGCUGGCCAGCUCACGCAGAAGGACACCCUGGUGACACUCUUUGACAAUCAGACGUGGGCAAAGCAGGGCCUGAGCGAGGAGUACAUGGGGCUCUUGGAGGCCUGGCACCACCCCCGCUCCAAUGUCUUCGUCACYCUCAUUGUCUUCAUCCUCAUGAAGUUCUGGAUGUCAGCCCUGGCCACCACCAUCCCCGUGCCCUGCGGAGCCUUCAUGCCCGUCUUCGUCAUCGGGGCAGCCUUCGGGCGCCUGGUGGGCGAGAGCAUGGCGGCCUGGUUCCCUGAUGGCAUCCACACGGACAGCACCACCCAUCGCAUCGUGCCGGGGGGCUACGCCGUGGUGGGGGCGGCCGCGCUGUCGGGCGCCGUCACCCACACCGUGUCCACGGCCGUCAUCGUCUUCGAGCUGACGGGGCAGAUCUCCCACAUCCUGCCCGUCAUGAUCGCGGUGAUCCUGGCCAACACGGUGGCCCAGAGCCUCCAGCCCUCGCUCUACGACAGCAUCAUCCGCAUCAAGAAGCUGCCCUACCUCCCCGAGCUGGGCUGGGGGCACCACGAGAAAUACAACAUGCGGGUGGAGGAUAUCAUGGUGCGGGACAUCCGCUACGUCACCCUCAACUGCAAGUACCGCGACCUGCAGCACGUCCUGCAGAGCACCAAGAUGAAGAGCCUGGCGCUGGUGGAGUCGGCUGAGUCCAUGAUCCUGCUGGGCUCCAUCGAGCGGACGCAGGUGGUGGCCCUGCUCAGCCAGCAGCUCAGCACCGAGCGGCGGCUCCAGGCCCUGCGGGACAAGGCGCUGGCGGAGCAGGAGGACACCGCCAAGGACGGGCGCCGGCUCUCCGACACCGGCGUGCGCUUCCAGAUCAGCACCGAGGCCUCGUCCUUGGCGCCCGCGCGCGGCGGCGCCCGCAAGCCCCUGAAGCCGGCGCUCAAGCGGGUGCCCAGUGUCCUGGCGGAGGGCACCCAGGCGGCCGCCUCUGACCACGGCGGCAUCGCUCUCAAGAGCCUCUUCUGUGCCAAYGCUUCCACAGAGCCUGCCGAGGCCCAGGGCACGGCCCAGCGCAAGACCAAGCACGUCCGYAUUUCCCUCUCGGAGGAGGCGGACYUGGGUGACAAGAUGACCCCAUCGGAGGUGCUGGAGUGGGAGGAGCAGCAGCUGGACCAGCCCGUGGACUUCAGCAGCGCCAAGAUCGACCCGGCGCCGUUCCAGCUGGUGGAGCACACGUCGCUGCACAAGACCCACACCGUCUUCUCGCUGCUGGGCCUGGACCACGCGUACGUGACCAGCAUCGGGCGCCUCGUGGGCAUGGUGUCGCUCAAGGAGCUGCGCAAGGCCAUCGAGGGCUCGCUCACGGCCAAGGGCGUGAAGGUGCGCCCGCCGCUCGCCAGCUUCCGCGACAGCACGGCGAGCGCCGGCGAGCCCGACACCACCGACAUCCGCCAGCUCUGGGACCGCCACCAGCACCACGCCAUGCCCCGCGAGGCCGCCCCCGCCGCCGACGAGGCCGCCCCCGGCAAGAGCCAGUGA